AUGUUUAAUACCGAUCGCAUCCCCGCUCUGCCGCCCCGUCACUUCUGGAAACACAAUGUGCCACUCGCUCGCACCAGAUUCGACGGCACCACCGCUCCGAUAUGUCGAUCGGCCCAAGUUGACUGCACGCUGCACUUGAAAUUGGAUUCACCUCUCCCAUUUCUCUCCCCCGCCGUGAUUGAUCUUCUGGUCACAAAAGGUGCCGGCAAUGGCUUCUGUCCCAGUUGCUUUUUUCUCCCUUUUCCCUCACUCCUUUACCUUCUGGUCUUUCAAAUAGCUCUGGUUUCCGGAUCAAGUACGAAGCAAGUUGAACGUUCUACUGAGCCUCGUCCUCCUCUGGAUAAGGCACUAUUUGGAAUCCAGAUUGGCAGUAUUGCGGGCGCCUACUUGGUCUUUGUUGCGAUCCUUCUUGCCCUCCUGCUAUUUGUCGGACGUAGACUUCGUCGGACGGUUCAAUCUUCCAACUACUCCCUUCAGAUGGAAAUGCUGCAGCCAGCUAAGCCAACUGCCAGCAUGGACCCUAGCCCUGUUUCUCCCAUGGUGCACAGUCUCCCUAGUCCAACUGCGGGCGGUUAUAACUCGUGGGGCAGCAUCCCUCGAGGUGGUCGUCCUUCGCAAACCUCCGUCAACGGUAGUAUGGUCACUGUUGACGAAUCGGUCGUGGCAUCAGAUCGCCAGAAAGCUCAGGAUCAGAUGGAAAUGCUAUACGCAGCAGUUAUGGAGCAUGAUGCUCAGAAGGCCUCGGGACUCAAUAUCUCCAUGAAAGAUGCAGACUCACAGGCCAACUCACCUGACAGCCAAUAUACAAACCCGUUUACCGACCGACACGCGUCACAGGCUAUGGAGUCCUCAUAUAGAGAGCCGUUGAAGUCGCCCAAGUCGACUGGGUCUCGCCUCUCCAAACUGUUCAGUUCAAAAUCAACUUCAACCCAUGACGGAGCCAAGCUACGGUCCCCGCGAUUCCCCCUUCGCAAACUGGGUAUAUCAUCGCCCCUUGCUUCGCCAGAUCUGAAUGAAUCUCGGUCCUACGGUCAUGAUCAAGCACCCUUGUCUCCUAGAUACUACAAUCCCGGACCGCCUCCAACAGCUCCUCGUGCAGGGUCCGCUGUUGCACAGAUCAUGCCUUCUUCUGGCCGAUCCCGGGCCCCGCCAACACCACUAAAUCUGUCCACUGCGGGCCAGCCCCCUUCAAAUCUACCGUUCCGUGAUGCAUAUCCACUCCAGAGUGCACCGGCAACGAAGACUACCAUUCUGGAACGUCCGACAAAGAACCGUAACGGACCCGUUACUGGCAUGCCCACUCCAUACAGUGCUUAUAUGCCGUUUACACCGGUAACGCCGUUCACACCUGGACGAAUGGUGACCAAGCGCGAGCGCAGGCGCGAGGAGCGUGAGAAUGGGCUUCGGGUAUUGAAUGAAGACGAUUUGGUGAAGGAUGAUCGUGACGUCUGGGGAUGA